UGUAGAAGGCUAACAAUCAAGCCUCCGUAAAUCUCUCUUAUCUCUAUCUUUCCCACUAAUCCCAUUAAAGACUCGGUCUAUAAAAGAUUAGCACUUGGCAGUUCCUUAUACAACAAAUCCACUUCACCAAUUACUCUUGCAACCCAAGUUUCCACUUCUUCCUCAACCACGUCCUUCUCCUAUUCCUUUAUUAAUAUCCUCUUCGAAAUUACCCCAAAAGAGAGCAAACUGUAAAGAGUAAAAGAUCCCCACACACAGAGGAGCAACAAUGGUGAACUGUGCAAUCUUCUUCCUUCUCUUUCUCAAUAUCUCAGCCUUCUUACCCUCCUUCAUUGAUGGAGCGCAGCUUAUACUAGUGAACAACUGCCAGGAGAGCAUAUGGCCGGCAAUUCUCGGCGGCGGAGGCCAAACCACGCCGAGAAAUGGCGGGUUCCACAUGGGAAGCGGCGAAGAGACCAUCAUAGACGUGCCGGAUAAAUGGUCCGGUCGUAUAUGGGGUCGACAAGGCUGCACCUUCAACCAAAACGGUAAAGGCGGCUCAUGCCAAACCGGAGAUUGCAACGGCGGCUCACUCAACUGCCAAGGAACCGGCGGUGUUCCACCAGCAACCGUCGUGGAAAUGACACUAGGCUCAUCGUCCUCGCCGCUUCAUUUCUACGACGUGAGCCUCGUCGACGGAUUCAACCUCCCCGUGUCGAUGAAACCAGUCGGAGGAGGAGUAGGAUGCGGCGUGGCGGCUUGUGAAGUCGAUUUGAACGUGUGCUGUCCGUCGGCUUUGGAAGUGAAGAGAGACGGCAAAGUCGUCGGAUGUAAAAGCGCUUGCUUGGCGAUGCAAUCGGCAAAGUACUGUUGCACCGGUGAAUACGCGAAUCCUAAGGCUUGUAAGCCGACGCUGUACGCGAAUCUGUUUAAAGCGGUUUGUCCGAAAGCUUAUAGUUAUGCGUUUGAUGAUUCGAGUAGUUUGAAAACGUGUAGGGCUUCUCGCUAUGUUAUCACUUUCUGUCCUCCCAAGUAACGACUUUUCAUCUGUGGUUUUCGUUUAUUUAAUGAAAGUAACCUUACAUGGGCCUUUAA